UGCAGGUCCCAGUCUUUGAACUAGAGCAAACAAUAUCUGAAAUGAAUGCUUGGUGAGAAAUGAACACAGCCUUGUUAAAAACUUUAGGGGAUCUUAUUUUGGCGAGAUUCCAACCCAACCCUAUUAUUCUUCUCAAGCCAAACGAAUGAGGAGUAGCAUAGUUCAAUGUCUAUGGUAAGUGACAAGUGAAAACUACUUAAGCAAGCAGGUGUCACAAAUUGGAACUAUGUUUCUGAAUUGUUUGGGCAUGUGCUGUUCGAAGCCCACAACAAAUACAAAUUCAUCUCGGAGACAGUUUCCAUCGUUAAUAGAAGAACUGUGCCAUCAAUUUUCUCUCAUCGAUCUCAGGAAAGCCACCGAUAACUUUGAUACAAACAGAGUAAUAGGACGUGGAUUAUUUAGUGAAGUAUAUAAAGGCUGUUUACAGCAUAAUGGGGUUUCUGAUUACACGGUCGCAAUAAAGCGAUUUAAGGAUCAAGGAUGGGAAGCGUUCAACACGGAAAUAGAAUUGUUAUGUCAGCUUCAUCACCCCAGAUGUGUGUCUCUUAUAGGAUUCUGCAACCACGAAAAUGAGAAGAUUCUUGUAUACGAGUACAUGUCCAAUGGAUCUCUAGACGAACAACUACAAGAUGGUAAACUAUCAUGGAAGAAGAGGCUAGAAAUUUGCAUAGGAGUAGCACGUGGGCUACACUACAUUCACACCGGAGCUAAACGUACCAUCUUUCACUGCAUCCUAGGUCCUAAUACCAUCCUUUUGGAUGACCACAUGGAGCCAAAACUCUCUGGUUUUGGUGUUAGCCUGCAGGGAUCACGUUUUAUGUCAAAGCAGAAGCAAAUCAAUGUAGAGCAUGUUAUGGGUACUUGGGGCUUCAUGGCUGCGCUGGUCAACGAUGGUACCAUCACAGCUAAAUGGGAUGUUUUCUCAUUUGGUUUGGUUCUACUCGAUGUUGUGUGCAGGAGAACCCUGGCUGAAAAAGAAUUUCCGGAGAACCACCUUAUUGAGGAGAAAAUUGAUCCGAUUCUCAAAGGAAAUAUUGCACCAGAUUGUUGGCAAGUCAUGAUAAAUUGCUUGACGUAUGAACCAGAUGAGCGACCUAUGGUGGGUCUAUUGAGGAGGAAGUUCCUGUGGAUUACAGUAACACCAAUAACACCUGAGUCAACUAUAUAAGGGAUCAACACCACUCUUUAUCAAAAACAUUAAG